AUUACGUCUGGACUGUGUGAUUUGAAAUAAAAAACGUUUUAAUUUAUCAGUGAAAAAAUAACUCUUGGAUACACUCUAUUCCUUAGAGUACUGAGUAAUUCGUUGGCAUGUGAAAGUAAUCAAGUUACAGAGGAGAACGAAUUUAGGUUAAUUGGUCUUGGGCAGACCAGCGAAAGAUAUGGGAGGCAAGCACUAUUACUGCGAGUACUGCGACCGGUCCUUCAAAGACGAGGCUGGGGUGAGAAAAAAGCAUCUGGCAUCGAUCCAGCACGUGAAGAACAGAGAAAAUCACUACAGACAAUUCAGAGAUCCAAAGCAGAUUUUGCAAGAAGAACUCGCCAAGAAGCCGUGCAAGAGGUUCUUGAAUAAUGGGGAAUGUCACUUUGGUCACCUGUGCAAGUUCUCGCACUGCCCACCUUACUACAUUCAGCAGUUGCAAGCUGCAGUUGCAGCUAGCGAGCAAGCGAAACAUCAGAGGGUCUAUCCAGAACCAGAGUUCAUCGUCAAAGAAUUCUUCGAUUCAGCUUUAGAUCCUGAAGAGCUGGUCGAGGAAAACUUAAAUCCAUGGCCCCUUAGCGACGAGUACAAGGAGUUUGAAAACAGCCUGCCAAUUUCCAUGAGGCCCAUGACGCUGAAGGACUUUGACUCUGCGGACUUUGCCGAAUGGGGCAAACAGUGAAAAGCUCCUGGUGCUUCGAAGACCACCUUUGUGUUUUGCACUCGAGUCAUGUAAAUAGUUGUAUCUACCCGUACCUACUUUUCUAAAUAAUGUUUAGAUAUAAAGCUCAUUUAAAUAACACAAUGAUAUUAUGAGUGCGAGUGCUUUCACAAGACUCGAUUCAUGUGGCUCUCUUAUCUCGCUGAAACAGAGCAUCCACGCAGAACGGAAAAGUCAUGCAUCUGUACGUGAGUUAUAAAACGGCGCAUCCGAUCAUUGAGGCCCAGCUGAUUAAACCGCUCUACUAUCUGCUGGCGCAUAAAAGAGAUUCAUUGAUAGCCAUUUGGAGACGUGUCUCCUCGUCGCCGAUAAUCGAUGAAUUGAUCUGCGCGCGCGCGCGCUCGGAGACCGUUAUUGUACGAGUCCCCUCCCGGGCGAACAAUGCCCAUUGACCAUCCUCGAUCUGGUCGCGUUUUCUUUUUCAUCUGCAGUCCUAUUGAAAACUGAAUGUCCGCGCAGUUGGACUCUGCAUGGGUGUGUUUGGAGCCGAAAGCAUCACGGAGGGGUGGAAAAUCUCGCCGAGGCGGAAAAUCAGGACGGCUGGUACCUACACGUGUGGUGCGCUAGUGCAUGUACGUGCACAAGUCUGGCCUUCCGGACGUGUGGUGGUGCGCCGUGUUGCACUCGCACGACACAUGGGAGGAGGAGCUAGAGAAUGGAAGGUAUACGAUGUAGUGCCUAUUGUGCACUUCCGGAGUAGGUAUAUUAUAAGUAUACGUACACCGCGCGUAGGCCAAUUUUCCGUCUCCUCUUUUGUAUGCGCUCCCUGUAUAGGUACUGUGAAGUGUGUGAAGGAGUUACCGCAUGUGUGGGUAUACGGUUCACUUGAAGCAUAUAGUACCAGAGAAAGGUAGAAAAAGCCAGAGCGAUUGUCAGUUUUUUUUUUCGUUUUUUCUUUUAAUUAUUUUUUUUCCUUUAAUGAUGGUACGUUAUUAUUCUACCUCGUAACAAAUUUUUUGUUGAACGGAGGACUUUUUCAUUCAAAAAAAAAGGAAAUUGUACGGAAUGACUGUUGUUUUUGAUGUAAAAAACGAAAGGUACAAAAAAUUCCGAUGGACCAUUACCAAGCAAAAGCAAUCGUUGCGAUUACGCGUUUUUUUCCUCCUACGAAAUUCGACUCGACGCUUCGAAAAAAUCAAUGACCAUUCGCGUAAUGCAUUUGAUUUAACUUUUUUUUAAAUCAAACAAAAAAUUGUUUAAGAAAAAGAAGCGUCAAUGAAAUCGAUUCCACUACAAAAAUUGGCCGUGGCACAAAUUUCCACGAGUUGAAAUGCACAGCGAUAUUAUUCGAAUGAGAAUAAAAGUAAGAAACGAUUACGCUUCCACGAACAGUCAUUAAAAGCCAAUAAAAGUCGCGCGAGCGAUUCCGUUUCCCAAUCCAAACAUUAUACCUACCGUACAAUUUUUGACUGCUCGUAACAGCGACGAAAAAAAUCGGUUCCACACUCCUCUCGAUCUCGGUGCCGCAUAAACACCCAUGCCUCCACAACAAACACAUAUAGCUUCAUAGCUCCGUUUCGCAGAGAUAAUAUAAUUGUAUCCCCCUUUGGCUCUCCUCUUCCUCUUCCCAACCAAACGGAGUAUAAAAAUGCCCUCGUAUCCUCCCCUCUCUGUUACAUGUAUACAAUGCUCAGAGAUCCCCGGCACGAUAUCUCGACUAGGUAUAUAUAAAUGAGGCCCAGAGCGCUCGCAGAGGCCCGUCGCUUCUCGGCCAAGCUCGGCUUGCACCAUCAGCUGCCCCAUCGGGCCAAGCUCUUCGGACUCCGGUUCCACACUCCCCUUUUCCUGCACCUCCUGCUACACGUAUAUAUAAUAAUAAUAAUAAUACAUAUAUAUAUAUAUAUAUAUACACUUAUCGAGCAUCUGCCCCAACGGCGGCUGCUGCGCUUCUCUCACGCAGUGUGUAUAUACAUAUAUAUGUGUGUACAUAUGCUUCUCCCAUCACCGGUACACCCAUGUAUGUGUAGUAUAUACAACAGAGCGCGCGAACGAUAGCCCGGAGGAGAGAAGGAAAAGAAGAAGGAGAAAGAGAGCGAGCCGAGCGACUCGUACUCUCGGCGCGCACGACGACGAUUUUAGUAUCGCAUUAGCUGUUUGGAGCGCCGAGUCGCGCGAGCCUCCAUUCGGCCGAUUUGCCUCGUAUCGUGCGUUAUUAAUUUAUAGAUUCCUCAUCCUGCUCCGAUUUUAUCCUUGCCCCACACCGACGACUCCGAAAUCUCGCUCUCCAACACCCCCCCACUCGGAGUGCCGAUUUCAGUGCUGUAUUAUAAUACGCCGAUGCAGUGGGUCUCUCCCGCGCGGCUGAUAUACCGAAAACAGCGGAGAGAUAUAUUACAUACUUGCACCGCGAUUACAUUUGUAUCGUGAACCGGCUGCUCUGAUCACCUAGCGGCGAUAGUACACCGCAACAGUGCCGGAACAAUGAGACGCCGCUCAUCAAUCUCCACGUCGUUGCGCUAGACUUCGCGACAGUCCAUGCAUAUCUUACUCCGGCAAAAAGUAUAAUAAGGUAAAAUGUAUAUUAACUUGUACGGGCUCUUGUUGUUUGUCGUUCUCGUGACUUUGUGGUGCUUGUAACACCACACCAAGCGAGUAUGUACGUACAUACCCUUAGUAUCGCGUGUAAUGGGGUGGCAUGUGGUGUUCUAUGGCGUUGCGCGCGCCGCUUUCUGUCUGUCUCUGCUGCUGCGACAGAGGGAGAAUAAGAAAAUCAAAGAAGAACGCGAAGAGGCAGGGCAGGGAAAGAGAGUGAGAAGCGUUUCUGCACAUUUUUAUACCUGCGUAUAUACCUACCGAUACUAUAUACACUUGCUUGCAUGCAGGGAGAAUAAUAUCAGCCGUUUGCCGGCUAUAGCUCUUCUCUCGUGUCCCGUGCGCGUGAAGCUCCAUUUUACUGGUCUUCCGUAUUUUUAGUUUUACUUUCGUAUACGUGUAUCGGCACACCUACUGCUUUAUUUAACUGAUGUAUCUAUAUUGUGCACCUUGUACACGGGCUUUAGAGAGUGUCUAUAAUAUAUAUGAAACAGACUUCAAGUCUUGUAAUGAUAAAUUUUUUGUAUUAACACAAAAAAACCAAUUUUCUGAAGAAAAAUAGGAAAAUUGGAUCCCACGACUUUGAUGCCAUGAAUAUGCUUACGAUUUUACUUUGUUAAAGCGCAAAGACUGUAACCAUGCGUUUAAUGUGCAAUGAUUUUGUCAGUUGGUCUUAUUGCUUCCAAGUCCGAAGCUCCAGCUCACGUUAUUUCCAAAGCAAAAGAAGGUUACCGAUUUUGCUUGGUAAACUUAACGAGCUCAUGGUUGGCCAAUCGGGGUUAUUUUCUAAAUUUGCGUUACUUGUCUGAAUUUUUUUUUGUUAAUGUUCAUUAAAUUAUAAUUAACUACUUAAACGAAAUAUAAAAUUUCUUAAAAACGAUAUUACAUGCGGAAAUUUCUGACGUAUUAAUUAGUGUAAGCACGUCAAAAAUAUUUUUUUUUUAUGAGACGACUGAAUAUUUGAAUAAAAUACAUAAUAAGUUCUCGCAAGAAUUGAAAAUUUUGGUUUAGCUAAUUUAUGAAUAUGUGUAAACAUAUGAUUUUUCUGAAAAACACGAAUUGACGCUGCUUAUAUCUCAUCAAUUUCAUUUUUCGUAAUGUUUGGAAAUAAUGUGUAGAUCAGUAGGUGUAUUACAUGUAGCAAUUCA